AUGAGGCUUACGGCAGACCUCAUUCGGGAUUCCCUUUCCUACCUCAACCCUCUCAAGGAACGAGAGCUUGACCUCCGAGGACACCGCAUUCCCGCCAUUGAGAACCUGGGUGCCGCAGGGCCUCACGACUCAAUCGACUUCACCGAUAAUGAUAUCCAAGUUCUGGGCAACUUUCCCCUGUCGCCACGUAUAACAACGCUGCUACUGGCGCGAAACCGGGUUGCUAAUAUCCAACCCACGAUUGCGAAGUCCAUCCCAAACCUGAAGAAUCUGGUUCUUGCGUCGAACAAUGUCGCAGAGCUGGCGGACCUGGAUAUAUUGGCAAAGAUGGCCCGUCUGACGCACCUUGUGCUGGUCGACAACCCCGUUACGAAGAAAGAGAACUAUCGCUACUGGAUCGUUUGGAGAUGCCCAUCCGUACGCUUUCUCGACUACCAUAAAGUGAAGGAGGCGGAGCGUGAAAGAGGCCGCGAGCUAUUCGGCACAGACGAGGAGCCGACGGCACUCGCUGCCAAGAUUAUGGGCAAGAAAACGACAACCUUCGACGCGCCGGCAAACGGCGGCGCAGAGCCACGCUCAAGGCUCUCGAGAAUAAAGCUGACGGACGAGGAGAAGAAGCGGCUGCAAGAGCGGAUCAAGAAGGCGACCAGCCUGCAGGAAAUCAUUGCUUUGGAGAAGGAGUUGAAUGAGGGACGCCUCCCCGCAGGCGUUCUUGAGGAUCCCAUGGAGGAGUAG